GGUCGUCUUCUUUUCAAGUUCGGCUUAUUUUGCAGUUACAACUAUUUGUGAUCGCGUUGACGCUUUUUUUGUUACGUCAUCAUUACAAGUCCGUCAUUCGCUUUGAUAUGCGCCGUAUUUAUAUCUUACACUCUUUAUUCCAAUGUGCGGAAAUGAAUGAUUAUUAAUAAUAUUCUUUUAAAUUUAUUUGUCAGCAGUGUCGCGUCACUUAUUAGAAGAAAAAGAAGCGUUCCAAUAAACCAGUAACGUUUAGAACAUCGUGACAAGCAUCGGAGACUGCCUCAAAGGGCCAUGGAGAAGCUGAAAUGUGGGCCCAUCGUGGAUCUCCGCGGCGACGACAUGGCACGCGUUGUAUGGGAUUUAGUCAGAGAGAAGCUCAUUCUGCCGUACGUCGACAUGGACCUGAAAGCGUUCGACCUCUCCAUCGAGAACCGGAACCAGACCAACGACCUCGUGACCCUGGAGGCCACCGAGGCGCUCAAGCUGUACAACGUGGGUGUCAAGUGCGCCACCAUCACCGCCGAGAAAGACGUGUUGGAGAUGUACCACCUGAAGCGCAUGUGGAAGUCCCCCAACUCCGCCAUCCGCAACGCCCUGGGAGGCGCCCUCUUCCGCGAACCCAUCGUCUGCAGGAACAUACCCCCGCUGGUGAAACAGUGGCGCAAGCCCAUAAUCAUCGCCAGGCACGCGUACGGAGACCAGUACAAAGGAAAGGACUUCGUGGUUCCGGGCCCGGGCGUGCUGGAGAUCAGGUACACGCCGGUCACCGGGUCGCCCUACCACAUCAAGGUUCACGAGUUCGAAGACACUUUGGGUGUCGCGGCCGCCAUGUUCAACACCGACAAGUCCAUCACCGAGUUCGCAUACAGCUGCUUUCAGUUUGCGCUGCAACGUAACUAUCCGUUAUACCUCAGCACUAAGGAGACCAUUAUGAAGAAGUACGAUGGUCGGUUUAAGGACAUCUUUGAGCGGCUCUACGACAAGAAGUACAAACCCCGGUUCUUAGAGAAGAACAUCUAUUUCCAGCACCGUCUUAUGGACGAUAUGGUCGCUAGAGCAAUGAGAAUGGAGGGCGGGUUUGUAUGGGCGUGCAAGAACUACGACGGCGACGUCCAGGCCGACUUCGUCGCGCAAGGCUUUGGAUCGCUCGGUCUUAUGACCAGCGUCCUGAUCUGCCCAGACGGAAAGACGCUGGUAACAGAGGCGGCCCACGGCACAGUGACCAAGCACUACCGAAGGCACAAGGCAGGCCUCGAGACCUCCACCAACUCGCUGUCCUCGGUGUACUCGUGGACCAAGGGGCUCGCGCACCGCGGCAAGCUUGACGACAACAGCAAGCUGAUCGCCUUCGCCAGAGCGCUGGAGAGGGUGUGCAUGGAGACCGUGGAGUCCGGCUACAUGACCAAGGACCUGGCUCUCUGCGUCAAGGGCUUUGGAAACGUGGAAAGGCCGGACUACCUCAACACCUUCGAGUUCGUGGAUAAGCUCGCAGAACAGAUGGACAUUAGGUACAGGGAACUGUUUCACGAAGACGCUGCUGGAGCUUCUGGAUAAGGCAAAGCGUCGCCACGGCACUAACGUGCAUCAUGCAGUGAAAACAGUGAAACCGAGAACACUGCAGGCAUCGUAACUUGUCGUGUGUGCAUCUUAAAUUUCAAUUUCUUUUCCCAAUAGCCGGGAAUAGCAAUGACAUGGUAUAUUAAAAAAAAGUCCACCUAGCGCA